GCUUCACCUGCGAUACCAUUCGUCCCCCUCAUGUCCCAUCGCGCCGUUUCCUUUUCCGUCGCACUCCCCAUGGCACGCGCCCCCGCCCCCGCCUCACGGCCGACCGCCGCCCUCGGACGCUGCUUCUGCUGCUGCUAGAAGAGGAGGGGCCAGUGGAGUCGGGGGCAAGCUAGCUCACGCGCGAGCUCCCGGGUCGGGCUGGGGAUGGUGCUGGAUCUCAAUGUGGAGUCACCGGGCGGGUCGGCCUCGGCCUUCUCGAGCUCCGGCGGCGGGGGCGGGGGGUUCUUCCGGUUCGACCUGCUCGACGGGAGCCCCGACGAGGAGGGGUGCUCGCCGCCCGUCGUGACGCGGCAGCUCUUCCCCUCGCCGUCGCCGUACCCGGACGCAGUUGCUGCUGCGGCGUCAGACGGGUCGCCGCCGCCGCCGUCGGAAGUGUCGGGGCCAUGGACGCAGGGGGCGGUGGUGGCCGCGCCAGCGGCUGCAGCCCCCUCCCCCGGGAAGAAGAGCCGGCGGGGGCCGAGGUCGCGCAGCUCGCAGUACAGGGGCGUCACCUUCUACAGGAGGACCGGCCGAUGGGAGUCCCACAUCUGGGACUGCGGGAAGCAGGUGUACCUUGGUGGAUUCGAUACAGCGCACGCUGCGGCAAGGGCCUACGAUCGCGCUGCGAUCAAGUUCAGGGGCCUCGAUGCUGACAUCAACUUCCAUUUGAAGGACUAUGAGGAGGACUUGAAGCAGAUGAGGAAUUGGACCAAGGAGGAGUUUGUUCACAUAGUACGACGUCAAAGCACUGGGUUUACAAGGGGGAGCUCAAAGUACCGCGGUGUGACACUGCACAAGUGCGGCCGGUGGGAAGCUCGGAUGGGUCAGCUUCUUGGAAAGAAAUACAUCUACCUUGGGUUGUUUGACAGUGAAAUCGAAGCUGCAAGAGCAUAUGACAGGGCAGCCAUUCGCUUCACUGGAAGGGAUGCUGUUACUAAUUUUGAUCAUAGUUCCUAUAAUGGAGAUGUUCCACCUGAAAUUGAGAAAGAUGCAGUGGUUGAUGGGGACAUCCUUGAUUUAAAUUUGAGGAUUUCACAACCUAACCUGCAUGAUUCGAAAAGUGAUGGUAUCCUGAAUGGGUUCGGAUUAAGUUGUGAUUCUCCUGAAGCUUCAAGUUCCGUUGUUUCUCAGCCAAUAAGCCUUCAGUGGCCUGUACAUCCACAGAGCGCAUCGGUUGCACCCCAGCAUCCACAUUUGUAUGCAUCUCCUUGUCCGGGCUUCUUUGUGAACCUCAGGGAAGUACCAAUGGAGAAACGACCUGACUUGAGUCCCCAGUCGUUCCCCACUUGGGCAUGGCAAACGCAGGGCUCCCCUGUGCCAUUACUCCCUACUGCAGCAUCAUCAGGAUUCUCUACUACCACCGGCGUCGCGGACGCCUCUCGCGCUCCGUCGUCCUGCCCCCACCCGCUCGCCACCGGCUACCAGCACCACUUCCCCUCAACCUCCUGACAGCCUCCUGUUCGACUGGAGACGACGCGCGUCUGGCCUGACCACCACCCAUGCGCGGCUGGUCGGUAACAGUCGCCAUUGGUUCGGGUAGAGAGAGAUGCCCCCCCCCCCCUAAUCUGGUAGUUUAUCACCAGAACUGUCACGCUCAUGAUUCUUUUAUCAUCAUUUUGAGGGCAGAUCCACAUAUCAUGAGCUUGUUAAUUACCAGGUAGCCCCUGUACCUCCAAACCUCUAAAAUAAACAAUUUAUUAUGAUAACUCUGGCCGAGUGUUCAGCCUUGCUACUGCUA